GGAGACAAAGAGUCAUCUGAUGCAGUUGACAAGAUUUCAGAACAAAACCAACUGGAUCUUGAGAUGCAGAAAAGAAGAGAAAGGGUAGAGGCUUGGAGAGCUAAGAAGAAAAAGGAACAAGACCUCCAAGACGCUCAAAAAAGAGUUGAAGAAAUAAAAAAGAAGAAAGCUUGGAGUUUAGAAGACGAUGAAGAAGAUGAUGAAGCAGAUAACGUGAUUGAUGAUGAAGAYGAGGAAAAUAAAGAUGAAAAUCAAAAAGAAAAUAUUUCCAAUGGCAGCAAGAAAGAAGAGGAGGAAGAAGACAUUGAUUCUCUUGAUGCAUUCAUGGCAACUGUAAAUAAAGAGGUGAAGAAAGUUGGUUCCCUUGAACAGAAAAAGCUUGGUAAAGGAAAAGCAACUUUUGUUACCCAYGUUGUAUCGAAAAAACCUGCGGGAAAGGUUUCACAAGGAAAUAAAGGAGAAUUGAUGGAAGUGAAUCCAGAUGCAAUGGAGUACUCAUCUGAAGAAGAGAAAGAGGAAGAAGAUCUGGAAGCAACCUAUGCAGGCUACAAAACUAAGAAAAAAAAGGAUUUACAACCAGUUGAUCACAACAAAGUUUAUUAUUCAACAUUUAGAAAAAACUUUUAUGUUGAAGURCCUGAGCUUACAAGGAUGACUACAGAAGAAUUGGAGGAAUUCAGAUCAAGUCUUGAAAACAUACAAAUCAGAGGGAAAAACUGCCCCAAACCUGUCAAAACUUGGGCRCAGACUGGAGUGAAUUUAAAAAUUUUAGAAGUAUUAAAAAAAAAUAGUUACGAAAAACCAACACCAAUCCAAGCUCAAGCAAUCCCUGCAAUCAUGUCAGGACGGGAUAUGAUAGGUAUUGCUAAGACUGGAAGUGGUAAAACAUUGGCAUUCCUGAUUCCUAUGUUUAGACAUGUCAAGGAUCAACCUCCAUUAGAACGAGAUGAAGGCCCAAUUGGAAUUGUCAUGACUCCAACACGAGAGCUUGCUAUCCAAAUCCAUCGAGAGUGUAAAAAGUUUUGUAAAGCAUUAAACUUACGAACAGUUUGUGUCUAUGGUGGCACAGGAAUUAGUGAGCAGAUUGCAGAACUCAAACGCGGUGCAGAGAUUAUUGUAUGUACUCCAGGAAGGAUGAUUGACAUGUUGACAGCAAACAAUGGUCGUGUUACCAACUGUAGAAGAUGUACAUAUUUGGUGCUUGAUGAAGCUGACAGGAUGUUUGACAUGGGCUUUGAACCACAGGUUAUGCGGAUCAUAGACUGCAUCAGACCAGACAGACAGACAGUAAUGUUCUCGGCAACAUUCCCUCGUCAAAUGGAAGCUCUUGCCAGAAGAAUUCUAGAUAAACCUGUUGAAAUUCAAGUUGGUGGUAGAAGUGUUGUCUGCUCAGAUGUCGACCAAAAUGUGGUUAUAAUUGAAGAAGAGAAUAAAUUCCUUAAGUUAUUAGAAUUAUUGGGUAUAUUCCAAGAACAAGGUAGUGUCUUAGUAUUUGUAGAAAAACAAGACUCUGCUGACUCACUAUUUAAAGAUUUGCUUAAAAGGACCGCUAGCAACGGUUGUCAAGGGUUAAGUCACGUGAGUGAAAACCGAGAAUAUUUGCUCGNCAAGAAUGGAGUGACAAAACUAAUGAUUGCAACUUCAGUUGCUGCCCGAGGUCUUGAUGUCAAGAAAUUAAAUUUAGUGGUUAACUAUGACUGUCCCAAUCAUUAUGAAGAUUACGUACAUCGUGUUGGGCGAACAGGUCGAGCUGGCAAUAAGGGCACAGCCUAUACUUUUCUUACUCCUGAGCAAGGAAGAUUAGCUCUUGAAGUUGUCAAGGCCCUAGAAAAUUCAGAAGUCCUUGUCCCUGGUGAUCUGAGAAGCCUUGCUUGCGAGUUCAUAGAAGGRCAGAAAGCGGAAGGCAAGCAGAUUGUCAAAAAUAGUGGUUUUUCAGGAAAAGGUAGGUUCUGAGCUAUUUAAUCAUGU